AUGACGCCCGCUAAGCCUACCAUUGCCCUUGUUCCUGGUGCCUGGCACUCACCCAUGCACUACGAAGACUUCCUUCAGGUUUUUCAGGACGCAGGGUACCCGACGAAAAGCAUUACUUUGCCGGGCGCAGGGUCGGUUAAUCCCAGGGCGCAGUCAGUUAGAGCAGAUGCUUGCGCUAUUCGAGAGAAUUUGUUGCUUCCAUUGCUAGAGGACGGCAAAGAUGUUAUCCUCAUCAUGCAUUCUUACGGGGGGUGUCCCGGCUCUGCCGCAGCGCUGGGCUUGAGCAAAGAGGAGCGAAGCACUGGAGGUGGUAUCAUCGGGCUGGUUUUCAUUGCAGCAUUUCUAGCUCAGGAGGGUGACUCCCUCCUCAGUGCACUCGGAGGAAAAUACGACUCCUGGGUGAUUAAUGACGAGAAUGGACAGCUAGAUGUGGAAAAUCCACUUUACGUGUUUUAUCAUGAUGUGCCAAACCACAAGGCCUCCAAAGCCGUGGCUGACCUUAAGCUGCAGUCUGAAGCUACCUUGUCGUCGCCUAGUCCUCCCAGCGCUUGGGAUAACAAAUUUUAUGAUGGUCGGCGAUGCUACAUUCGCACGUUGCAGGACCACACCAUUCCCUACAUUGCGCAGGACAUGAUGUUGCAAAAUAGUGGGGUACGUUGGUAUAUUAAGGAUAUGGAUACCAGCCACAGUCCUUUCCUGAGUCGCCCACGAGAACUGGUAGAUCAGGUCCUAGAAUUCGCAUCUUUGUUCCAAGAGUGA